CGCACCCCAGGCUAACUCACACUGGAAAGCCAAUGUCCAACCAAACCCCAGUCUGGAGAAAAAAAAGAUCCAGGUUAGACUCAGUAAGUGCUUAUCCUGAGGCCUGCUCAGAAGGGAGGGGCAGAAAUACAGAUGGGAGCAUUGGAGGAUGUAAUGUGUCUGAGCGAGAUGCCCCUGUUUGCUUUUUGUAUUCAAGUCUGAUGCAUGGCAGUGUGGCACUGCCAGACUGAGCUGUGUGGAGCUGCUCAGUCCUGGACUCGGCAUAUGGACUGAUGUUCUGUAAGCUUUGAGUGUGCUGAAGAUUUUGAGAGGCAGUUCACUGGAUGACGGACAGAUAUUGCAACACAGAGCAACUCAAUGCACUUGGGAAAGCCUCAUCAUUGGCCAAAGUCCAGGAACAGAGCCCAGAGCAGACCAGAAGUGUGUGGACUGGACUGGCCACAGUGAGAAUUUGGUGCUUGUGGACUAGCUAUGGACAGCUGGACUCUCCAAGGGGACAGCUACUCCUUCCUGCGCAGUGCACCCCGCACCUUUUCCCUGUGCCAUCGUGACGGCACCCCCAACCACGUGGAAAUCUUUGACAUCAUCAACGUCCCUACUCAGCGCAGUGUCAUCUCCGAGACCACUUGCCUGUGUGACAUUUUUGGAGACGACUGUGAGUCGCCCUCCCUCUCAAGCAGCCCUGCUGUGGGGGCCUUUGUCCAUUCCCAGAGGGAGGUGGACGGGACAGCUGCUGCAUCACCUCUGGUGGAUGAUCUCAACGACUCCUCAGGCUCUUAUCACACUGCACCGGGCUCCAGUGAAGGAGAGGAGGGCUUUGAAGAUUCAAGAGAAAGGCUUCACAGCCCCCCGCUGCAGAACCCAUCUUCAGAGAGGUGGCAGUCAGAGGGCGAGGGACUGAGUUCAGGAAAUCCAGACAUUUUUGAGGACAGUAGCCCAAAUUUAGAAAGAAAAAGCAAAUCACCAGUCCCUCAGCUUAGUACAGCUAGCCCGCUAUCUGAAGUCAUCAAUACUAGUGAUAGGACCUCCUCUCCUGGACAUAAUAGUUCCUACACCAUCAGUCCAAAGGGAAGCGCAUCACCCUUGACUUCUUCCGCAGUUGAAAUAAGAAGUUCACCAUCAUCACCUAGACCAAGACAGGCUCUUUCGGAAGCUGAAUCAGGGAGAAAUACUCCUAUUUUGAAAGACGAACAUAACAGCCCCUCAGAUCAAUUGUUAAAUUCAAGUCCCUACUCUGAGCCCAGAAACUGUGUCAGCUCAUCCUCCUCUGAAUCAGUGAACAUCCAAUCAUCACCUGACUUCAGGGUAGUACAAAACUCGCCUGAGCAAAGGAGCAGCUACUUUAACCAACACAGCAGUCCCUCCCCUGAGCCCAGACACAAAGAUAUUUCUCUAGAUUUUACAAAAUCAGCCUUUGAGUCUAGAGACACUCUUUCAUCUCCUCUACCUUCCUCCAGUAGUACAGAGUCAUCUUCCCAUUCAAGAGAAACAUUGGUCACGCCUGAGCUGAAGAAAAGGCCCUAUUCCCCUGAUACACAAGCAUCAUCUCCUUUUCAUGAGCUAAGAGGGAGGAUUUCCUUGCCAGAUCUUUUCAGUAGAGACUUCACACCUGAUUUAGAAGAGCCUCCCUGCUCACCUGAGUGGAUUUCAAAUCCUUCUACUGAAGGAAGAUUGACCGCAACUACCCCUGAGAACCAAAACACAUGGUUAUCAGUUGAAGCAGGCAGUGCUGAUUCUACACCUGCCCCAUCCUUCACACCUCCCUCACCAGUCAUUUCAACAGCAACAUCUCCUGAGCUUGCUGAGAGUGUCUCACCUGAAUUAGGAGGCACAACUCCCUCACCUGGCUUGCUCAGGGCUGCCUCUCCGGCUAAUAUAGUUGCAAGAACUCCCUCUCCUGGUCUCUCACCUCAAAUCAGACGGAUUUCAACACCUUCUGAAAACCGAAUCCAGGUCUUGUCACCUGUGGUAAGUUAUAGUUUAUCUCCAUCACCCACAGCUAGGAGCAACUGCUCUCCCACAGAGAUUCAUACAGCUCCAUCACCUGAAAUCAGGAUUACAGCAUCCUCACCUGAGCUUCAUACUUACUCUGCCUCAUCAAGAAGCCCUACUUCAUCCCCUCAUAUCACAGGGAUUUCUUAUACCAUUGUUCAGCCUGAGGACCGGGACACUCCCCCAUUUCCUGAGCUCUCUCUUCACUCCACCCCUGAGCCCGAUAGGACACUUGUGUCCCCUGAAGCAAGGAGCCUUACCCAAAGCAGAGACAGUACACAUAGCAGUAGAGCAGAGUCCACUGGUACACCCCGAGACUCGCCUCAUAUAUCAGGGUUCACAAGCCGUGCACUGCAGCCUGAAAUAACUUUGUCACCUCAACCCAGGUAUCAAACACCUUCACCCCAGCCACAGUAUCAGACUCCCUCCCCUGAGCCAAGAUAUCAAACCCCUUCACCUCAAAAGCAUCAAAGUCCCUCACCUCAGCGCCUUACAAGUAGAGAUCUGUCACCCGUAUCCCCAUCUCCUGAGCAGAAUUCCACCCUCUACACAAAGUACAACCCUCAGUAUAUACAUACUCCUCCUCUGAGAAAUACACCCGAAGUUGAGAGAGAUUCCUCUUCAGUUGAUAUUACAGAAACACAGAGCCCCACACUUUUGGCAAAAGACAACGUGUCACCUUCAUUUGAAUUAGACCGGGCAGACAAGUCAGUUCUUGCAGAAAUCAAAAGCACUUCCCCAGUGGUUGCAGUACGUUCACCUGUAGUUACUUCUCCUUUCUUAGCACAGGAAAAGUUAGCGAGUUCACCUGAACAACAAAGCAUAGAGAAAGAAGAACAGCCAAAGGAAGCGAACUUUCAGGUUAACUCAAGUUUAGCCUCCUUCUCUAAGGAAAAACAGGACUUUGGCCAAAAUAAAAUUCAGAAAGAAGACAGUUGUAAAAAUCCCCCCAUUGAAAUCAAUUCUCUUUCCCCCAAGGUUCUAGUCUCUGAGGACAGGAGUCCAACCAUUUCACCUGUCCACAGGGCUACAUCCGUCUCACCUGUGCAAAGACUGGGAAAACCACAGCCUCAGUUCACUUCUUACCCUCUAACUUCUGAAAGCAGCAGCUCUUUAAAAUCAGCUUGUACACCUGAGCCCUCAAGAAGACAUCUGUCAACCAAAGUUAGAAGUGAAAACAGUGACAGCUUCACCGAGAACAUGGCCCACCAUGCAAACAGAAGGCGGACUCCCUCUCCACCACUCACCAGGUUUACACCUGUUCACAUCAUAGCCCCUGAGAAACCAUACAGACAGUGGCAGAACAGAAGCCGUAGCCCCUCUAAGGUUGUAGCACCCUCAUCAAGUAGUUAUUUAAAUAAAGCAGUGACAAACAGGGAAAGCCCCAAUGUCGCCUCUGUUGACAAUAAUAGCCAGGCCCACUGUGUCAGACGAGUAGGGCAAUUGGAGAUGGAUAGGGAAAUGCAGCUGGAGGAGAGAGAGCUUGUUAGUGAGAGGAAAAGGCAUAGUGAGAUGGAGAGAGAGAGAAAGGGGGAGGAGCGGGUUCCUGAGAAGGGGGAGGGUUGGCAGGGGGACGCCAGUUACAGAGGGGAACAGGUUGAGCUGUCAUUCAAUGCCAGGAAUAGAAAAGGGCCUGCGAGUCGCGGUGCAGCUCCCACAAGCAGAGAGACCCGUCAGGGACUGCCAACAGUGCAUUCCUAUUCAGAGAGCUCGCUUGCCACCAGACAGCUACAGCAACAACAGAGUCUCCUGAGACUUGCUUCCCAACAGGACACCAGGGGUGGUGGUCCUGGCAGACGGCUUCGACCUCCUGCACACCACAACAAGAACAGUGCUCUUGGACGCGUGGCUGCAAGCAGGCCCUGCCGAAGUUCCAGCUCCAGCAUGGGAAGUGAGCUUGAUGAGGCAGAUGAUGAGGUGAAGUGGUUUACAGACUUGGCUUUCCGCAGCCUGUCAAGCCCUGAGGUUGAUUACCUCGACAUGUACAACUCCAGCCACCGUUCCUCUACCAACAUUUCUCAACCAUCUACGCAGGAGAGCCCCGGUGGGGUGAAUCCCGCCUGGCAGGCUUAUGCUGACUUCAGGGGUUCUGCUCCAAAGCUGGACAAUGAUGAUCUGUCCUUCCAGCAACCAUCAGCCUACUACUCAGAAGGACUAGAUCCAUCAAAGCGCUAUGAAAUGGGCAGCUUUGAGUGUGUAGAUGUGGCUGUGGAAAGAGAGGACGCCAGGAAGGUGAGAAGAGGAGUUCCAAAGAGACAGAUUCAGCUGAAGAGGAGGAAUAAUGUUGAUGGGAAACAGGAUGAGAGUAGUGAAAAUAGUAGUCCUGGGGUACCAGUGUUGGAGGAAAGCCCCUCUCUAGAGAGUCACAUUAGAGAGACAUUCAUGAGACAACACAGUACACCAGCAGCAACACAGGAUUACUACCCGUCUGAGUGCAGCCCUGAGCCCAAUCAAAAAAAUGAAAGAAAAUGCAGACUCCAGAAAUCUGCCUCCCUGGAUGAAACAUGCUCUAAAAACAAGAUUGCCACUUGUCUCAUUAAGAGUGUGUUGUCCAAGAAGAUGCAAAGUGUUGAUAAACAACCUGAUGAGCAGACAGAAGAUGUGAGCCCUGCUUUUGAUGAAAACACCCAACCAACAGAGAGUGCAGUGACGACACUGAAAGUAUCUCCAAAACCUGACACACAUAAUCUGAGUUCCACUCCAUCAGAUUAUGUUAUUUCAUCUGAGGGUCUUCCUAUGAGAGGAGAAACAAGCGCACAAUAUGAAGUCAAAUCACCAAAAAGCUUUGGAGUGAGAUCCAGUAACAGGCCAAGUUCAUCCAGCAGCAGCAGAAGUGUAAGUUUCUCUCAGACUGACAGUGAAGAUAUUGAGUCUCAGACCACGAAUGCCACCUUUAUAAGAUCUGAAAUGAGAUCAGAAUUGAAAGUGCCAUUUGAUAGUAAACAGUCCAGAACUGGAGUACGACGAGCAGAUGGCAUUAAAAUCUGGUACGAAGGGGAUGCUGGUGACUCAGCAAAUGCCGCUGCCGGGAACACAGGAGCCCUUCCUGCCACUGGAACCAGCAGCAGGCAGGCCAGGAUGACAAACAGAGACCAGGAAUGUGAAAACACAGAGGAUCAUAAACAACUGCAACGGGGUGACAUGGAUGCCUGCUUGUCAAAACCACAGGAGAUUACACUCAAAGCCGUGGAGAAAAAGAAAGCCUCUCUAAAUGUCUGUCUCACACCUGAGGCAGAAAACAAGCCUGAGGUGCUUUCGCCAGAUAUAUCUUUCAGGGAAAAGGAGGAAAGGGUUGAACCCAGUCUGGAUGAAAAAACGGAGGAAGCUGAACGAAAUGGCAAUAAUAAAUCUAAAAACCCCAUUCACAAAGUAAGAGAUGUGAGGCAGCUUGUAAAAAACACAUAUAAUCUGUCUUUCAAGGCACCUAGUGCUGUGAUGCCCUCAGAUGUAAAUUACCUAAAGAUGGUAAGUUUUAAUGAGGAAAGGAGGGAAGAAGUAAAAGAGGAUAGGGGGAUAGAGGUCAUAGCAGGGAAGGAGCAGGAAGCAAGCCAAGAAAUGAGGACGGAAAUGAGGAGGGAGGAAAGGGGAGAGGAGUACAGGGCGGAGAGGGAAGAGCAACAGAAAGAGAAGGUAAACGAUUCAAAGCUGCUGACUUUUCCUCCAUCUCUUCAAAGCAAAUGCAAGCCUCUGCCUCGUCCACAGCCAAUGCAUAUAGAGUACAAGGCUGUUUGCUGGAAAGAAGACAAAAAUAAAAUGUCACGCAGCAAGAAAGAAAACUCAGGUGAGAAACCCCAGGCUUCUCCAGAACUUGUUACGGAGGUAAGCAGAGAAUCACAAAAGUCCUCUAACACAAACACACAGAAUAACACAACAGCAGACACAGCUAUUGUUGACCCAUGUCAACAUGAUCUAAAAAAGGCAGUGGAGACACAAGAGACUGUGACAGAAAUGCAUAAAAUGGCAGAAAAAGUGAGCAGACAUGUUGCUGUUGCCACAGACAGAAAGCCUCCAAUGCUCGGAAACCUCCCCAAAUUGCCCAGUAAGGAAAGAGAGGUGUCCACUGCUGUAGUGUUGAUAAGGGAUGGAUCCAGCAAAACCAAGACAUCUGCAUCUCCAGCCCAGGAAGAUAUCCCCACCCCAAUCCAAGUCCCAGCUUCUUCACCAUCACCUGGGGCCGCUACCCCUGGCAGUAUCCCUGGCAGCAGUGGCCAUUCAGUUUCCAUGUUAUUGAAGGAGAAAGGCUACCAAGCUGAUAUUGGACCAGUGGUGGGCAAUGGUCUGAAUGGAGCUGGAGGGAAAGAGCCUCCCUGUAAGCAUGUGAACUGCUUGGAGAUUCCCCUUCACACCACUAUGCCUUCAGAUGGUGGGCAAAUCGAGUCUCAUAGAGAGAGGACAUUCUCGUCAUCAUCCACCAUGUCUGGCCCCUCAUCAGUAUCUGAAAGCACGGAUAUGCUUACAAAGACCACAGAAGCCGAAGGAGUUCACAUUGAACCUACAAUAAAAGACAGAGAAAAACAAAUAAGCGUUUCUCCACUAAGGAAUACACAGGAGCAAACACCACCUCUCGCUAAACAGAAGGAUCUAGGAGAUUUUGAAAAAGUGAAAAGACAAGAUCCAACUUUCCCCCCAAGGUCCCCUGCAAUAAGGAGAUUCAGACCACAGCCAAUUGAGGUUAAGUCACUGUCUAAAGACACACAGAAACAAGAGAUGCCAGCAAACUCCACAGGAAACAAUAGACCUCAAACCAUUGAAGUUAAAUCUAUCGCUAAAAAUUCCCAAAAGCCAGUUGUGCCUCCCAAACCAAGCUGCAAAUUUAAACCUGCAGAUUUGGAAGCAAUGCCAACUGAAGCACAGAGGCCGUCAGUUACAACAACUGCAAAGUCACAAGGUGAGGAGAGGCAUCAAACAAUUGUGGUUUCCUCGCCGACUAUUUAUAGAAAGAUCUCCAAUGAGUCCACAUCAACAUCAAACUAUACAAGAAAACUAGCUGUGUCUGCAGUGUCCAGCCUCAAACCUCCACCUAGCAAAACAACAGCAACCACAAUCUCCAAUCUAUCAAGCCAGUCAACAGCUCCACCAGAGACUGAGGCAUAUAAUGACAGAGGACAACAGCAACAACCAACUGCCUCGCCCCAAAGCUCCAGAUACACACAUAGACCUACAACCUUAGCUCCAGCAUUAGCCACCCACCCUGGUUCAACCUCAGCGCCAGGUCCAAUCUCUGACCCAAUAGCAAGCCAGGUCCCUGGACCUACCUCAGCUGGAGCCAGCCAGCCCAGCCAGCCAGCUGUUACAGAUCCAGACAGCCAACCAGUGCUUCCGAGGAUGGCAUGCCCGCGUGAACAAGCCAUGCCAGUGACUUCAAACAACAUAAAACAACCCGCUUCUGUUCCCACAAGACAUGUGCCAGGAUACGCACACCAACCAUACCGCAGGUCACUGUCCAGUGAGCGUGCCCACAGGACAGACGACCUGCGUUUUUAUGCAUCAGAUGACCCUCCAAGCUAUGAUGAAAGAGAGAGCUUCAGUCCCCUUGUGCUCCCAGAUCUGACCCACAGGAGGUCAAAUCGCUAUGAGCCCUCCUCCCGCCCUCCUCCCUGCUCCUGCACAGCUAGCUGCUCAUCCCACCCUGGUCUCACACCUCCUCACCAUCACCGCAGCCCCCAAAACCUCACCCCUCCUGCCCCUUCACACUCUCCAGGCCAAGUGCUACCUUACCCAGCUGCUCAGCCCCAUUUUCGUCCACACCAGUGCAGACCUGACCCUCAACCAAUGAGCUACCAACCAAGCUCUCCCAAAUCAAGUCCUCUUGGUCCAAGCCAGCCACCAGCCCUGUACCAAUCUCUCCAUCAGCCUCCUCCCUGCCCUCCUCACCCUUCACUCAUGCAGGCCUGCACUGCUGACCGGCCAUUGCAGCCACCCCAGCAUAUUGACACUCGACGACCCCCUGUUCACAGAUCUCCCCAACAGCAGCCACUAGGCUUGGCUGGAGCUCCUUACAGCGAUCCUAGCCACAAUCACUCUCCUGGCCUUCCUCCUAUGGAUCCCCAGUACUUGUGUGGCACUCAAAGCCUGGGGCCUUCCUAUGGGUCUGAAUAUGGGGGUGACAGCUCCAGUUUGUACUCAGAGAGCAGUUAUGGACAAGCACCGCGCAGAGUACUCCUAGAUCCUGAGACUGGAAAGUAUUUUUAUAUAGAGGUGCCUGUACAGCCACUGAGGAAAAUGUUGUUUGACCCAGAGACUGGCCAAUAUGUGGAAGUUCUCAUUCCACAGCAGGCAAUGUCACAUUCAGGUCUGUAUCCUCCAUCAGCAGCUCCUUACCCAUCUCUCCACAACCCCAACAUGUACGCCACUGCUCCCCAGUACAUGCCCUAUGCUCCUCCUCCCCCAGCCCACACCCAGGCUCAGCCCCAGCCACCUCGCUAUCCUGAGGCAUCUGCUGAAGCAACAAUGCACCCAAGCGGGCCUGGGGUCAGCUACAGGAAUCACUCUGGUCAGGGUUCCAAGCCAGAGUCCCAUAACCAUCCACCACUGGACCAGAGCUACCUGGAGAGUAUGUAUUAUGUCCCUACAGGGAUGAAUGCAAGCCCCAAUCCCACCCCACCAGACUAUUACCACAAGCAUCCCCCCAACCUACCCCCAACAGGGGGGAAAAGGUCCUGAAAUAGAAGAUAGAGGCCGUCUUCCUGGAGCCUGUUGGGUUUUAAAUACACAGUAUAUAUAAAGGGGGUGUCUAAUGUUAGCCUGUUUUCACAUUUCAAAUGAAGACAGUGAUUCUUUGGUUGUUGUUUAUUUGCUGCUGCUUGUUAUGAGCUAGGCUGCUUUAACAGAAAAAAUGGUUUUGAAAACAUAACAGAGAAAGCCUUUUCCAAGACAUUUCUUGAGUUGAAUGCCUAAUUUCAAAAUGAUCUAGAAUUUUUUUGUCAUUUUUGAUUCAGGGUAAGAACACUAUACUUCACCAGUAAUGCACAGCCACUAUUAAUCAAUAGGUUUACUAAUUUACUGAUGUGUGUACUUAAAUAACAAAUAUCCGUUAAAAUAACGUAAUAUUUAUUUUAUUAUUGUUUUUCUCUAAUAUUGGAUGAGUGAGUUUGUGAAAACGAUUUCUGCAACAACAAUGCCAAUAAAAUGUGUCACAUACUCCUUU